UGGCUUUUCAGAUACAAUAGAUCAUGAUAACGAUGCGAGUUUAUGGCUGCUUGAUACGUUCAAGCCAGCAGGGCAAACUAGGGACAUGUUGGCUACGAGGCGUUUCAUCCCAUUUUAAGAGCGUCAGAAGAGAAAGUUCUGCAGUGCCACAUAAGCUGAAACAACCUCUGCUACCAUUUUCUGCUUUUCUGACUGAUUCUUUUGCACGGCAACACAAUUACCUGAGAAUAUCCCUGACCGAACGCUGCAAUCUGCGCUGUCAGUACUGCAUGCCCCCAGAGGGCGUGCCACUCUCACCCUCAGAGCAGAUGCUCUCAACGCCAGAGCUGCUGCGACUCACCAAGCUCUUUGUGAGUGAGGGCAUCGACAAGAUCAGGCUGACGGGCGGUGAGCCCUUCAUCAGGAAAGACCUCGCACAUAUUGUAGAGAACAUUGCGGCGAUGGGUGUGAAGCACAUUGGUAUCACCACCAACGGGUUGGUGCUGAAGCAACGGCUGGGGGAGCUGGUGACGCUGGGGCUCACCCACAUCAACAUCUCCUUGGAUACUCUCGUCCCUCAGAAGUUUGAGUUCAUCACCCGAAGGAAGGGCCACCAGCGGGUGAUGGAUGGCAUACAAGUGGCUCUUGCAGCCCCCCUGCAGGCGGUGAAGCUGAACGUGGUGGUGAUGCGUGGCACCAACGAUGAUGAACUCGUCGACUUCGUGCGACUGACGGAGCAACAGCCGCUGGACAUACGCUUCAUUGAGUACAUGCCCUUUGAUGGCAACAGGUGGCAGGCGGCGCGUAUGAUGCCGUACUCUGAGAUGCUCAGCACCAUCACUCAGAAGUUCCCCGACACGCAGCGCAUCUCUGACAAACCCAACGACACGUCCAAGGGACGCAGUGCGCGGAGGUGCCACAGACGAGGAGCUGCUCGCCCUCGUCGGCGCCGCCGUCAGAGGCAAGAAGAAGCAGCACGCAGGCAUGGCCGUCCUGGCGACGCAGAAGAACAGGCCCAUGAUCCUCAUCGAUCCGUCGUGUGUCUUCCAGCCGACGUCAUCUCUCCAUGAGGAAGGCUCAUCAGUUUCUUCCCGCACCCGCAUGGAUAUCAGGCAGCUGACGUCAUCUCUGCAGAUGGAUGCUCCUGGCAUCUCUUUAUUUUUUUGUCCGCGUUUGGAUCCUCCCCAGCUGGGCUCCACUUCCUCGGCGUACUACGGCACACAGUCCCUGAAUGGGUUUUCUUCAGUAGGUGUUCGGCACUCUUCUCACUCUUCCCUUUGUCAUACAUCUUCCUCUCCACAUACUUCCUCGUUGUCACAUUUAUCUUCGUCGUCACAUACGUCAUCGCUUGCUCUGUCCAGUUCUUAUAAUUUCUUUUCAUCGUCGUCUUGCCGCUCCUUAUUCUCAGCCCCUAUUCCUCGUCACGAUUUUCCUGACGUGCGCCACAUGUCCACCGAGUCCACGUUUGUCUCCGCUAAUGUGCUCAGCCACGUGGACGGUCGUGGUCAGGCAGCCAUGGUGGACGUGAGUGGCAAAACCACGACUCUGCGGUCGUCUGUGGCCGUGGCUACGGUCCAGGUUCCAUUUCAUUGCUUUCAACUCAUCAAGAAAAACAAGAUGAAGAAAGGCGACGUGCUUGUCGUGGCGCGCAUUGCAGGCACCAUGGCAGCCAAGCACACUGCUAGCCUCAUCCCCCUGUGCCAUCUCCUCGCCCUCAGCCACGUCCACGUGGACGCUGAGUUGAGUGAACACGAGGACUAUCAAUGGGCUCCUCAGGGCGAAGAGGUUCCUUCAGAUGCCGGCAGCAGAGCAGAGAAUGCCAAUGAUCCCAACUUUUCACAACCUUCCUCUGCUUCUGAAUUUAUUACAACUGCAGCUGGGGAGCCCCUAGCACCCGACGAAGGUCGUCCCUGCUACGUGCACCUGAGGGCGCGGGUGAAGUGCUCAGGACCGACGGGUGUGGAGAUGGAGGCGCUGACGGCUGUGAGUGUUGCGGCGCUGACAGUGUACGACAUGUGCAAGGCGGUCACCCACCACAUCACCAUCUGCGGCGUGCGCCUCGUGGCCAAGCAGGGCGGCAAGAGCGACUACCAGGCACCGCAGUGAAUUGCAUCAUACACGCACUGCUAACACUAUAAUAUGGUGCAGGCACACACUGCUAGCACUAUAAUAUGGUGCAGACACGCACUAUCAGCACUAUAAUAUGGUGCAGACACGCACUAUCAGCACUAUAAUAUAGUGCAGGCAUGCACUGUCAGCACUUUAAUAUGGUGCAAGCACACACUGUCAGCACUAUAAUGUUGUGCAGGCGCGCACUGUCAGCACUAUAAUAUGGUGCAGGCACGCACUGUAAGUAGAUGGCGCACAAUAGCAUCACACGCCGCUGCUGUACUUCGGCAUCGCACGGCCAUUUAACAUUCCGUAGCUUAAUAUAAUAAGUUGGCAAUGUCAGGAGAAUAGUUAACUGAACUCGCCUGUUACAUGACAUAACAAUUAAUCGUUAUCUUGCAAUUUUAAUGUUACAUUACUUUAUUUCAUUUUUUUUUUAAAUUGAUUACAAACUUUUAUGUAUUUUGAUAAAUGGAUAUCAUGUGCUUAGACCUUCGGGAGUAUGGCUGGUAACAGGUGUUUAAAUGAUGUUUUAGAAACAACGAGGGGCUUCAACAUUUUAGCGAACUUAUUACAAUCGAACACAAUCGAUUGAUGGCAGCUCUGAGGCGUACAUCCUGCUACUGAACAGCAAUAGAGCAGAAUUGCGAUUACGCAAGAGUAUCUUUUGGGCGUGACUCAAUGCCUCCUACCUGAGUAUGAAAGUGCAACUGUUCAUAACUUCUCCAAUGUUUAUUAUAUUAUAUCCUAUUACAGAAUAUUUUACGUACUUUUACUUAGAUUUAUAAAUAUAUCUUUGUAAACACGCUUUACUUUCGGUGCUAUUCCAGGCCUUCUAAGCGGACUUGGGUUCCUUGUAAACGAAUUGCCUUAGAACGACUGCAUAAUAUACGGGGCUAGCUCAGUUUGUUAGCAUUAGUGCCUUAGCACGACUGGAA